AUGUCAACGCCUACUUCACCCACUACGUCCGAGUUGCCCUCAAGGGUGACGACGGGGUUGAGUGAUGAUGGUAUUCCUGAGGUUGACCCCUCGAGCACGGCUGGAUUGCUUGCAGAACGAUUGCAGGCGUGGAAGCAUGCGGUCGGAUACCUUGAGGAGUACAUGGUGGCUAUGGAGAAGAUCCAUGGUCACCAGGCGAAGGAGUACGAGAAGGUAUUCAAGACCAUGUCUCACCCCAUUAAGGAGGACCACCACUUUGACCAAGGCCUCGGCGGCGUCGCCGGCUUCUUCGAGAAUAUGCGCUCCAACACACAGGCCCUCGUCAAUACCAAUAUCGAGACCGAGAAGAGCAUCAAGGGUUCCGUCCUGCCUAUCCUUGAGCGCCUGCACCGGGAAAUCAAGCACAAGGCCAGUGAGCUGGCCCAUGGCCUGCAGAAGGGUGCCAAGGAGGUUGAGAAGACUCGCAAUAGUACCCAGAAGCAUGUUGAGCUGCUCGGCCAGCGAACUGCUUCGUUCGACUACGCGGCAGGCGGGAAGCUUACUAGUAAUGACGACCCCUAUGUUGUUCACCGUGGUAUUCUACACCGCCUGAGCAACCAGGUUAUUGCUGAGAAUAACCACCGGAACGACCUUAUCGCCGAGCAGAAUAGCUUCCCCACCUUUGAGACCCAUGUUAUUGAGGGCAUCCAGCAGGCGAUGGAGGCCUUUACUCACCUCGCCAGCCGACAUGGAGAGAAGACCCGGGCACUACACAACGAUAUGCUAGGCGCCAUCCAGCGCGUCCCUCCCGACUUUGAGUGGACGCGAUUCAAGGCCCGUAACACCGAACGACUCGCCAGCCCUGAUGAGCCCCCGCGUAGUGUCGAGGCCAUCCAAUUUCCCAAUAUGGAGCACCAGUCAACAAAGCCCCUGAUCGAAGGUUCGCUCGAACGCAAGUCGCGCAACAAGCUCUCGCGGGGCUACUCGACGGGCUACUACGUCGUCACGCCGGCAAAGUUUCUGCACGAGUUCAAGGACUCCGAUAACACCCGUCAAGACCCCAAGCCGGAGCUGUCCAUCUACCUCCCUGACGCCGUCAUCGGCACGCCCAACGGCGAGAAGUUCAACGUCAAGGGCAAAGACAAGGCCAAGACAAUUGGAGGCAAGCUGACGGGCUCCUCCGAGCUGGGAUUCAAGGCCCAUACGGCGGCUGAUGCUCAAAAAUGGUUCCAAGUCAUCCGGAGCGUCGUCGGCGCGGCGGGAGCAGUCGACACGACCACCUCGGCGCCCACGUCGCCCAUCGCUCAGACGGCAUCCCCCAUCUUGGAAGAUAAGAAAAUUGAUGGUAAGGGCCAGGGGAGUUCGCCCGUCACCAUGCACGUGGAGCACACGGCCUAG